UAUUUGAUACAUUUUGUUGUAUUUUAUAUUAAUUUUCAAAAUAAAAUUUCAAUAAAAUUUGUUAUAUACCCAAAUAACUGUAAAAUUUACUCUGAUUCUUGUUAUUUUGUACCAAUACCUCUAUAAUUUGUUAUUUUACCUUGGUUCAUUUGUAAAAAAUUAUUUUGUUACAUUUAAACUAAAAACAAAUUUUCAAAUCACAACGCCAGCAGUUUUUUAAAUUUGAAUCAAUAUGCUUCAUCUAUAGAUUAAACAUACUGAACAUUUUAUAAAAAGUUUUACUCUAAAUCACCUUCGGUAUAUGAUAUUGUAUAUCAUAUUGGAUUUCUCAUAAUUUUUCAUUUCCCUUUUUCUAACUAGCCGUAUUUUAUCUUAGCAUAUGCCAGGAAAUAACCGGGCAUAUGCUAAGGUAAUAAUAUUGUUAUCCUUUAACAGAGCCUUGUCCUGACUUUUAUUUCAUUUGGAUAAUCGCACAAGUACCUAUUUCAUCGGAUGUACAACAAAAGUUGAUUUAAUAUAAACAGUAAUAUAGAUAGUAUAAAGAUGGAGUCGUCAUUUAUCACAGUUCUCGAAAGUAGUUUGGAUCCAGAGUCCAAAUACUUUAUGGAAGCUCAGAGAAAACUACAAUUGGCUAAAGAGUCGAACCUUCCAGAAUUCAUAAACGCUUUGUCAGAAGUUAUUGCAAACCAUGAAGCUGGAUCAGGACCGAGGUACCUGGCAGGUAUACUGCUAAAGAACUGUUUUGAGUUCAAGACUGAGGAGGAAAAGAUGAAUUUCUACAAGAAUACAAGUGCAGAUGUUCUGUACUACCUGAAGGUUCGUAUGAUAAAUGUUAUGAAAACGGGCGCAGAGUCUCAGGCAGUACUGGCAGCCUGCACAGUUGUGGCACGAAUCGCUCAGAUAGAACUCAGUACCAAGUCGUGGCCUGAAUUCUUUGACAUCAUACUCACGAUGGUCGACUCUAACGAUUUCAACCAGACUAGGAGCUCACUGAUCUGCCUGAGUUAUCUCAUUGAGGAUUUAUCAAACAUUUAUGAAAACCAGAACGUCAACUUGCUAAGUGACCUUGAGGUUAACCGACUUUUAACGUCUGUGAUCAAGGGCGUUUAUAUAGAGGAUCCACAGUCAUGCAAAAUGGCAUUAAGGUCUCUGCAAAAUCUGUUGUUCUUUAUAGAGAACAACAUGGAGGUUGACGCAGAACGAGAUGUUAUUGUGGAGGCUAUUUGUAGGAGGUGCUCUGAAAACAAUGACCUUGAGAUAAGAACUGCAGCAUUUGAUUGUUUAGUUCAACUAGUAUCAGAAUACUAUUCCAGGCUUAUUCCGUCACUGCAAGUCAUUGUACCGUUCCUUUGGCAGGCUAUAGAUUCGCAUGUUGAACAGAUUGCAAUACCGGCAUUUGAGUUCUGGAACACCAUUUGUGAAAUUGAAAUUCAAAGCGCCGCAAACGCUACUGAUAGGACCAGCUCAACAGUAAGGAGUGAAUCUACCGGUAAAAGUAAUAGAGAUGCAGUGGAAGGAUCUAUAAUAAAGCAGGUCAUCCCAUACUUGUUACCCAAGAUAUUGUUUACAAUGACACUGCAUAAGUUUGAGGAUAUGGAUGUUGAUACAUGGACACUACCGAUGGCGGCUGGGAUAUGCCUUUCAUUAUGUUCUCAGACCGUAAAGAAUGACAUUGUUCACUCAGUUCUAGAGUUUGUGACGGAGAAUUUUAAAAGCACUGAGUGGAAUAAGAGGGAGGCAGCAGUACUGGCUUAUGGGUACAUAAUGGAGGGUCCCGAUAGUGAAACUUUGAAAAUUCUAGUUUCCGAGUCGUUUGAUAAUCUGUGUGAUGUACUGUCAGAUACAUCAAUAGCAGUCAGAGACACAGCAGCCUGGACAAUUGGCAGAAUAGCAACAUUUCACUGCGAAGUCGUUCUGAACCACUUGGGAUCCCCAGAUGUUCCCAACUCAAAUUUAUCAAAGAUCGUCAGAGCACUAUUUGAUGUACCAAGAGUCGCAGUCAAUAUCUGCUAUUUUAUAAAUGAGCUCGCAGAACAUAUUAAUGACUACAAUAAAGGGCCUACAAAUCUACUGGAUUGUAUGUUCGCAAGACUGUGUGAAAUGUUGGUAAAUCGGAGCACAAUGGCUGAUACCUUGGAUCGCAAUUUAUAUGUAUCAAUAUACAGCAGUUUGUGUGCACUGAUUGCUGGAGUGUCAAACAACUGUUUGACUGAGCUUAUGGCACUAUUGGACCACUUUGUGGUAUUAGUGUCUCAAAUGAUAACAUCCGAUUUUAGUUAUGAGCAGAAACUUAAAAUACAGUCAGUUUUGGGAGCAAUCCAGGUUUUAGUAUCAAGGGUCGGGUUUGUCAAGAACCUUAACCUGCUCAUGAACAGCAUAUUUGAAUUUUUAUCAGUUGAGUUGGAUGAGGAGGCACUACUGACCCUGAGUGCUCUGGUGAAUGUGAUUGAGUUUGCGCAGAUUUUACCUUUCAUUCCCAAGAUUGUUGACGUAGUUUUAACGGGACUGCAGUCAGAAGUUGGAAUAUGUAAGAUUAGUAUAGGUUUGACGAGCGACGUGAGUAGGUGUUUGGAAUCACCGUUUUCCACCUAUCUCGACAGAUUCAUGACGAUUUUGAUUAAUAUUUUGCAAGAUGUAAAUGGAGAUAAGACUUUGAAACCUCUGAUCAUUGUAGCAAUUGGAGAUAUCGCGAUGGCAGUGGGAGGAACAUUCUCCAGUUACGUCCAGAAUACUAUGACACUGUUGCUCCAAGCAGCCACAACCACCUAUGAAAUGGGUCCAAUUGAUAACGAGGAUUGGAUUUACUUCGUGAAUCAGCUUCAGGAGUCCUCUCUUCAGUGCUUUACAGGCAUUGUGUACGGGCUUAAGGAAGGUGGAGCUCUUCAUUUGCUACGACCCUACGUCAGCUCACUGCUUCAAUUUGCACAACAGGUUGUUGAGACUCCAGACCCUUUCUUCGAUACCAAUUUAUAUAAACUUGCUGUCUCGCUCAUCGGUGAUUUAUCGUCAUCAUUUGGGAGUGACUUAUCCCGUCACUUGGUAGACUCAAAUUUAAUCAGAGGAAUUGAAAGUAGGCUAAAACAACUGGAGCUCGCUCAAGACCCGGGGAUAAAGGAUUGCAGAGAUCGAGUAGGGUGGCUGCACUCUACUCUGGCUAUUAACUGAUCCAUGCCGUAGUUAAUGUUGUAAACUUAAA